CUCAACAUUGACAACCCAAAAUGCAAUCAUGGCGCACGGGGCACUGUGUUUUUAGAAUGCUGAGAAGUUUUUACGUAAACACUUCGUUAUUUUGCAUUGUAAACGAUUUAUGUGUUUUUAUAAAUUAUCUUUGAGUUUUUAAGAUUGUAGUGAAGCAUACAUGUGUGUUCCAAACUUGAAAUUUUCACCCAUUCGGAAUCACGACUCUGUACUACUAGACACUUGCAGGUAUAAAAAUCAUGAGAUUCGCUGUUUCAGCAGUCCUAAUAUAACUUGUUGGUGUCAUAAUGUCAGAGGCGUACGCCCGAGAGAUACUGCGAAGGAAUGUUGCGCAAAUAUGCCAAACAAUAGGAUGGAAUGGUAUAAACUCCACUCCACUGGACAUUUUGGUGCAUGUGCUGGAGAAGUAUGUGCGGUCACUUGGGACACAAGCUAAUAGAUACGCCGAACAAUUUAAUAGGACUGAACCAAAUUUACAUGACCUAGGAUUAGUAUUUCGUGACCUACACAUUCAUUUACCAGAGUUAACAGAAUACACCAGGUGCGUUCCACCAGUGCCUCCGCCUGUGACCUCUGAAAAGUUUCCUAAACCUAAAGAAUCUAAUUUGAACUUUCUCAAACCUGGCAGUCAUGAAGUUGUCACUAGACCUAUGCAUGUGCAUGAGCACUUGCCACCCAUGUACCCUGAAAAGGAAAGGGAUACACCUGUUGUGGCAGGAACUGUUGAGAUCCGUCAAAAUGGCAUUGAUAAUGCUGACAAUAGUAAUGCAACAUGUACAAGUCCAGAAAUUUCAGUCACCGACAGUCCAGAUAAAAACAAGGAUAUUUUCAAAAGACCCACUGAUCCAGUUUCAUUACCUAACAGUAAACGGCCAAGGUUACGUUUGGAAGAGGAGGAAAGGACUAGAGAAAUCAGUAGUGUGAUGAUGACUAUGUCUGGUUUUCUGUCCCCGGCACGUGAGGGUAAAUUGCCUGAGGCACGACCUCCUGCUGUCAUGUCUGAAAAGCAGUAUGACAAACAUAAAGCUAAUUCACAUCAUUCUAAUGUAAUGAAAGCACCAAUAUUAGAGAAAAGUGAUAAGAAAUCUAAGAAGAAUAAAUUAUUGAAUGGUAAAGUUAUGAAGAGUAAACGAAAAGAUAAGAGUCAUAAAGGUGAGGGUAGUAAAUCUAAGGAUAGUAGUAAAUUGAAUAAGUAUCCACCAGGACAUCCAAUGAAAAACAAAGAUGUUCAUCCUACACACCAUAAUCAUGUGACCAUGCCGGCGCCGAAGGUUUCGACGCCGCCUACAAGAUCUGUGAUGCCUCCUCCACUGCCAGUGGCAGAGCCAUUGAAACCGGUUCCCCAAAUCAAACAGGAGCCAGUAGAUAUACCACCAGUGUUGCCCAAAAAUUCCAUUAUAACGGAGGAUGCAAUUCCAGUACCAAGAAAAAUACCUAUAUCAAAAUCUCCACUUGUUUCUAAUUCUAUUCCUGUACAUAAACCACAUCCUUCUACAAAUUCCUUCAUACCUGAAGUGGAAAUAAAGAAGGAAGUUAUAGAUGAAGAGGAGAAAUUGGCUUCUCAACCAGAUAGAUCAAAAAUUAAUAUAUUUAAAAGAAUAUCGAACAAAUCGAAAGAAGAUAAAAUUACUCCAGAGGUUGUUCAUGAAAAGUUACAGUCUGAUUCGAUGAUCUCAAGGUUACAAAAUUCUUCACAUGGUUAUGCACAUGAAAGUAGAUCCCAUGAAACAAUUAGAAUGAAAUCUGAAGAACCUGUUGUGAACAAUAAUGAUAAUAGUGCUGUAGAUUUGUCUAAAGUUAUGAAUUUGCGGACUGAUGAAGUGAUAAACAUUGAUGAUGACUCUAUAGAUUUGCAUGAGGCUUCUAGAGCCCCACCUAUGGAACAUCGUCCUAGUAUAUCAAUUAAUAAAUCCUUGCAAUUACCUUAUCCCAAAGAUAUAGCUAGUGUCAGUCCAAAAAUUAAAAAAGAAAAGAAACACAAGGACAAGAAAGAUAAAGCUGCAAAAUUAGAAGCGAAAUUAAAGAAACAGCAAAUAGCAUUUGAGCUAGCACAAGCAGAAAAGCAAAGUUUGAAAAUGAGUGGUGUUAAGCCACCAAAAUCAAGUAGGCCAAAGAAUGAAUCUAAAUUGCCACCAAUGCCACCUGGUUUUCCAUUUUUCCCUGCAAUGACUCCAGGAAGAGGUUUAAUGCCUGGCCCUGGACUAAUACCUUCUCCUGGAUUAAUUCCUGGUAGUGAAUUUUUAGCAGAGUUUGCCAAUAAUCCGGCCCUGAGAGGGCUACAGCCCUCGAAUUUGCUCACAAACCCAUUUGCAUUAGGCCCAGGCGGACCAGGUCUUAUUCCUGGGACUAGUUUCUUGCCCGGUGGUCUUAACAGUGGUAUUCGAAAUCCUCUCAUCCCUAUGGGUAGCUUUCCACACACAUCUAGAUCUUCCCCCAUGAAAAUACCUCCAAUGCUACGUCGUCGUCCUAGUUUAGAAGUAAUACCUGUUGAUAAUGACGAUGAUAGAGGCAUACAUAAGUCUUCAUUGAUGGGCCGAGAAAAGGACAGGCAUGAUAAGCACAAAUCACAGACCAUUCCAAACAUUUUACAGAAGCAUAAGUCUAAGUCGCAUAAAGAUCAUAAAUCGAAUUUGUUUAAAAUGCCGCCCGUUACGCCCGAUAUAACUAUUGAAUUAAAUCCUCCUAAAGUGGAUUCUACGAGGCAUGAACCUCCGCCGAGACAGUCUCCCAUCCCUCCCCGUUUGCCGACUCCUGAGCCUAUUGUAGAUCCGGAUCCGGAACCUCAACCGCACCCUGCAAAACCACCAUCACCAGAACUUCCACAAGAAAGAGAAUUAGAGAAUUCAGAAAAGAAAAAGGAUAAAUCACACAAAAAAGAAAAGAAAGAUAAAGAUAAAGAUGGCAUAAAAAUUAAAAAGAAAAAGGAUAAGAAGGAUAAGAACAAAGAUAAAUCUGAAAAGAAACGAGAUAAGGAGGAGAGGCAAGAGUUAAAAGAUAAAAUUAAGAAAGAAAAGAAAGAGAAGAAGAAGGAAAAGCAAGCGGAUGGCUUAGUCCCGAAGCUUACUCUAAAACUGAGCUCAUCUAACUCGAAUUCACCAAUGCCGCCGAGUUCACCCGAUAUAUUUAAAUUAAAUAUCAAACCGGUGCUUAAAAAGGAGGAGGAGGAGGAAGAUUCUCCAUCAAAAGAAGAAUCAGUGUCAAGAGAACACAGUCGCUCUCCUGAGUUAGCGCAGAUAUCCGCGCUAGUGACGAGGCCGCCUAAACAAAAACAUUCUAAACAUAACCACAUCACAGAUAUCGAAGGCCACUCGUCGUCUCCGCCGUCCGGCAGCUCGCCACCCAGGAAAAAUACUCCAACUUCCUCAUCGAAAUAUAAAAGGAUAUUAAUUAAACCACUUUCCAAGAAAGGCCAUGUAGAGCAUUUUGACGACGACGUUGCUUCGAUUUCGGAGGAACCUGCGCCCACCCCAGCGCCGCCGCCAGCACCCGUCGACAAACCGACCGGACCAUUACCUACGCCUUAUUACGUGGAUGAACACGGAAAUAAGAUAUGGGUAUGUCCAGCGUGCGGUCGGCCCGACAACGGCUCGCCGAUGAUUGGGUGUGACGGCUGCGAUGGGUGGUACCACUGGGUGUGCGUCGGUAUCACGGAAGAGCCCGGCGCAACAGAGGACUGGUUCUGCAAGUCGUGUCUCGCGAAGCGCGCCGCUAUGGCGCUCGCUGGCGUCACUACCGCCGGCAAAAAGAGGGGCCGAAAACCUAAAGGGGAAAAAAUUAGAGACUGUCAUUGAUAUGGACCUUUUGUUGUUACUGAGAUUAGUGAUAAUUUUCCGUUCGAUAGAUACGAGUAAAUGGAUGAAAGUUGUUAAUGGAUUAAUUGUUGAAUGAUAUCAUGAAGAAAAAUAAUGUUUUUCAUCAUUUAUAAUGUUAUAUCAUAGGCUACAAUUAAGUAUAGAUAAUAAUGAAUAUUGACAUAAAAUGUUGAACAUAAAAUAGUGUAGUUACUUGUAAUAAUUACCAUAAUUUUAAAUAUUUUGUUACGAUUUCUCUUUAUUUCUCGUUCGCUCGGUUAGAUCAAGCUGUAAUGCGAUGGCGGGCGUGUUAUACACUUCUCGCGUGUAAACAUAGAUGAUAAUAUAAGAUUCUUUUUAUAUUGUACAAAAACUGAAUUUACUUAAGAAAUUGGUGAUGUAUAAAGUAAAUGUAGUGAAUAUUUAAAUAAACAGAAAUAAGGCUGGAUGUAUUUUCAGCUAAUAUUUGAAUAUUUUCAUAUUAUAAUUUUAAUAUAACCCUGUUUUUUUUUUGUUGAAGUUGUUCCUUCAAUUUUGUACAGGGCAGACACUGUCACGCACUUUCGAGCCAGGACAUUUGUUAUCGUUCGGCUAGAAUAUUUGUUUAUCGCGCGAAAGUGCCUGCUCUUCUGCAUUCGACUUACUUGGAGGGGAGGCAAAUGUAAAUUUUUAAUUUCAGCCAGUGGCCAAUUAAAUAUAUUGGUACUCGAAAUGUA